CCGCGGCACGGCUACCUACAAAACCCGCCCGGGGCAGUGGUUCCGGUUCCCUUUUCUCCUUUCGUCAACCGCGAGUCUCCAUGGUUCGAAUCCAUACAUCUAAUCCCACGGUAGCUGAAUGAUGGUGAUGGGCUUGGGCGUAACUUCUGGCCACAUGGUGGGAAAGUGCAUCAGUGUUUUGGUCAAAUGAUAGCUGAGUUGUUCAUAAUGGUUGAUUUGAAUGAUUGAUUGAUUGGAGCCACCUACAUUUUCAAAACAUCGAUCUUAAGACUCCACCUAAGGGAUCAGAGGCCUUCAGAAUAACGUGUAGGAGCUGUUAUCACAACUCAUUUACCUAUUUUAUGUUAGCAAGGAAACAAAAUGAAAGUAACUAGUGUUACUUUGGAACAUCAAGAAAGAAAGUAUUGGCUCUCACAAAGUCAAAACGUGUGAGCAUACAUGUAGUAUGCUUUGAGAACAAAAUUGGGGGUCUUACAAUGUAAUUGCACCUUCUGUUCGAAUGAUUUUAUGGGGACAUGAUUAACAUCCAUCAAGAUAUCCCAGUAGGCUAUAACCUAAGAGAAAGACAUGAAAUUUUUGGUUAUGGUCCAAGCAAAAUUGAAGGCAAUCUUUCUCUGCACCUUCUUCCAUUAUUCUCUGAAAAUUCUUACUUUUUCAACCAUGAAACAGGAAAACAAACAUGAGAAGCCGCCCUACAUGCAAGAGGAAAAUGGGUUUUCCAAGGCCAAGCCAAGGAGAAACAGAGUCGUUGUUGGUUAAGCAGAAGCCCUGGAGUCAAUGUAUCCCAAGAAACACGCAUUCCUGGAUUCUAGUCUUUGGAAAUUUCUGUUAGACCCACCAUAUUCACACUUCAAUUCAUCAUGUCAAAGCUCCGAGUCACACUCGAAACUGCCUGGAAAAAAUUGGUGGAAAGAAGACUUUUUUGAAUGCCCAAAACCGAAAAAAAAAACAGUAAAAGACAAACCAUUCAUGGCGAUCAUAUAUACAAAUACUUUGAGCUCCUAGUCUGCCAUUCUCACCAGAUGCCCAUGGCUAUGACCCCUUUCAGACUGUGUUCACUGGUUCUAUUUUUAUCUUGUGCUUUAGUUGCAGAAUCAAAGUUCAUGGUCUACAAAACUGGGCAGAGCGUUGUUCCCGGGAAGCUCAAUGUUCAUUUGGUUCCUCACACGCACAAUGAUGUGGGAUGGAGGAAGACUGUUGAUCAGUACUACGUGGGUUCAAACUAUACUGCUGAUGAAGGGUGUGUUGAGAAUAUACUGGAUUCUUUGAUUCCAGCACUUCUGGCUAAUAAGAACCGGAGAUUCAUCUAUGUUGAACAGGCAUUUUUCCAGCGUUGGUGGAGAGACCAGAGCAAGAUAGUCCAGAAUAUAGUCAAGCAGCUUGUCAGCUCGGGUCAACUAGAGUUCAUAAAUGGGGGUAUGUGCAUGCAUGAUGAGGCUGCCACAAAUUACAUUGACAUGAUUGAUCAGACAACCCUUGGGCAUCGGUUUAUCAAAGAUGAGUUCGGUGUGACUCCCAGAAUUGGUUGGCAAAUUGAUCCCUUUGGCCAUUCUGCAGUGCAGGCUUAUCUGUUGGGAGCAGAGGUUGGAUUCGAUUCUCUUUUCUUUUGGCGAAUCGACUACCAAGACGUAGCUAAACGGAAAAAAGAGAAGAGUCUUGAGGUUGUCUGGCAGGGCUCUAAGAGUUUUGGUUCAUCAGCACAGAUCUUUGCUAGUGUGUUCCCAGAGAGCUAUGCACCUCCAACUGGUUUCAACUUUGAAAUUAACUACGGCUCCCCUAUUGUCCAGGAUGACAUCAACUUAUUUGACUACAAUGUCCAAGAGCGUGUUAACGACUUUGUAUCUGCUGCAAUCUCACAAGCUAACAUAACUCGCACAAAUCAUAUAAUGUGGACCAUGGGGAUGGAUUUCAUGUAUCAAUAUGCAACCACAUGGUUCCGGCAAAUGGACAAGCUUAUCCAUUAUGUUAAUCAAGAUGGAAGAGUCAAUGCCUUGUACUCAACCCCAUCAAUUUACACUGAUGCAAAAUAUGCAGCAAAUGAGUCCUGGCCACUCAAAACUGAUGAUUUCUUUCCAUAUGCAAAUACUCUCAACACUUACUGGACAGGAUAUUUCACGAGUCGACCAGCCCUCAAAGGCUAUAUAAGAAUGUUAAGUGGAUACUAUUUGGCAGCAAGGCAAUUGGAAUUUUUCAAGGGGAGGAGUAAAACAGGUCCAAAGACUGACACUCUAGCUGAUGCUUUGGCGAUUGCUCAGCAUCAUGAUGCGGUUACUGGCACAGAGCAGCAGCAUGUGGCUGAUGAUUACGCAAAACGACUGUCAAUAGGCUACAAGGAGGCUGAAGAGUUAGUUGCAACUUCACUUGCUUGCAUGGUAGAGUCAGCAUCAAAAACUGGAUGCAGGAACCCCGCGACUAAGUUUCAACAGUGUCCACUCAUGAAUAUAAGUUACUGUCCCCCAUCAGAAAUAGAUCUGUCUCGAGGGAAAAACCUGGUUGUUGUUGUGUACAAUUCUCUGGGAUGGAAAAGAGAUGAUGUAAUUAGAAUUCCUGUGAUCAAUGGGAAUGUCACUGUUAAGGACCCUAGUGGAAAAGAAAUAGAGUCACAGCUUCUACCUAUAGCCAAUGCUUCUCUUGGCAUAAGAAGCUUUUCUACUAUGGCUUAUCUGGGCAAAUCCCCAAGUGUGGCCCCCAAGUAUUGGCUUGCAUUUUCAGCAUCUGUACCACCUCUUGGCUUCAGCACUUACAUUGUCUCAGGCGCAAAAUCAUCAGCUUCUGCUUCAGUCAGGCAAACAUUUUACAGGUCAGAGAGGAGCCAAAAUAAGACAAUUGAAGUAGGACCGGGAAAUUUGAAACUUAAUUAUUCUGGAAAUGAAGGAAAACUUACUAAUUAUGCUAAUGUUAGAAACUCGAUUAAAGCAUUCUUGGAGCAAUCAUACAGUUUUUACUCUGCAAAUGAUGGAACCGAGCCUUUCAUUUCUCCCACUGAUGGAACUGAGGUUUUUCAGCCCUCUGGAGCAUACAUCUUCCGUCCUAAUGGUACACAUCCCAUAAAAUCUGAAGGGCAGGUUUCUUUUACUGUUCUUCGAGGAUCAUUAUUGGAUGAAGUACAUCACAGAAUCAAUUCAUGGAUAUAUCAGAUCACCAGACUGUACAGGGAUAAAGAGCAUGCUGAAGUUGAGUUUACUGUUGGAUCUAUUCCUAUUGAUGAUAUGAUAGGCAAAGAGGUUGUAACUAGGAUUACAACAACCAUGAAGAGCAACAAAACAUUUUAUACAGAUUCUAAUGGACGUGAUUUCAUUAAAAGGAUUCGAGAUUAUAGAAGUGACUGGGACCUUGAAGUGAAUCAACCUAUUGCAGGAAAUUAUUACCCGAUUAAUCUGGGAAUUUACACAAAAGACAACAGGACAGAGCUGUCAGUCUUGGUUGAUCGACCUGUGGGAGGAUCCAGCAUUGCAGAUGGGCAGUUGGAGCUAAUGCUCCAUAGGAGGCUGGUUACGGAGGAUGACAAAGGAGUUAGAGAGGGACUAGAUGAGACAGUGUGUGUUGUUGAUAAAUGUGAAGGACUAACCAUUCAGGGAAAGUAUUAUCUCAGAAUUGAUCCUUUAGGAGAGGGUGCUAAAUGGCGUCGAUCAUAUGGCCAAGAGAUAUAUUCUCCUCUCCUAUUAGCCUUCUCUGAGCAGGAUGGAGAUAAUUGGGCAAACUCUCAUUUACCCUCCUUUUUGGGGAUGGAUCCCUCCUAUAUGUUACCAGAUAAUAUAGCAAUGAUAACCCUUCAGGAACUGGAUGAAGGAAAAGUUCUCCUCAGGUUGGCACACUUAUACGAGAUUGGGGAGGACAAGGAUCUCUCAGUCAUGGCAAGUGUAGAACUGAAAAAAGUUUUCCCAGAAAAGAAGAUAAUCAAAAUAACAGAGAUGUCCUUAUCUGCUAACCAAGAAAAGGCAGAAAUGGAGAAGAAGAGACUGGUUUGGAAAGUAGAAGGCUCUGCUGAAAAAAAAUCCACAGUGUUGAGGGGAGAACCUGUCCACCCAGAAAAGCUAGUGGUGGAACUUGCUCCAAUGGAAAUUCGCACCUUCAUUAUCAACUUCAGUUACAAACAGGUCCAUCACUGAAAGGUAGCAGAGCCACCAAGAGUUCUUUUCUCAAUUCCAGAGAGGAUUAGCUUGUUGCCAUGAACAUUAUUUUUUGUUGGGUGAGUUUGAUGACUCUCGUUUGUGUUCAGUAUGCUCUGUUUCUGAUUCUAGGCAUACCUCACUUUUACCUUUUGUUCUCUUGCUUAAGCUCUUACCUAUCAAGAAAAAUCAAUUUGAUUUCAACUUAAAUAUAAAAA